CCACUACUUUAAUCACAACUUCGCCUACGCCUGGGGAGUGCUAGCUCUGUGUGCGGCGGGGGUCGCAGUCGAUGAUAGAUUUGUCCAGAAAAUGGCGAAUGAUGCCGGGAAUUACACAUUUGGAAUAGAUGAGGCAGCAAUGUCGGUGAUCGCCUUAUCAUGCGUGCGCAACCAAGCUGACGUCACAUCUGCCAUGGACUUGGGAGUCAAAUAUAUUCUGAACAAGAAGAAAAACGAUGGAUCCUUUGGGAACGAGUAUACAACCAGUCUUGCAUUGCAGGCAUUUGAUGCAGUAAGUCACCCAGACUUGACUGGUUUGAAGAAAAAUGCGAUUUCGGUUUUGCUAAAGGCAAUGGGAGAAGACGGUUCAUUCCAAAGCAUCUCCGCUGCUACCCACGUGAUGCCAGUGCUGGCCAAUAAGACUUACGCUGACAUCAGAGUGAUUUGCAGAAAAGGAACUUCUGCACCCAUGAGUACAACCACCCCGGGACAGCCCAUUUCAUUCACAAUAACACUCCAGUCCACACGGCUGUCACCUGGGACCACUCGGCGCUUUACCGUGACUACCAACAACGGCACAAGUCUGUACUACGCCAUGAGAGAACUGGAAGCAGGCGAGGUCGGUUUCAGUUUUACCAGUCGUCAGACUAGCUGGGGUGUGUCAAUCACAUCUUUGAUGGGCGUGGCUUCAAGUUCAAAGGAACGUAUCUAUUGGCAGAUGUUGCAAUCACCAAGCAGUCCUUUAACAACUACAGCGGAUAAAUUCUAUCCGAAUGAUGGCGAUGACAUAAUAUUCCGCCUAGUCACUUACGAGGGCACACUUGUUGGCUGAAGAAAUGGUGAAAUACGUUUUUACAACACCUUUGGCAUCAGAACGUCAGCGGUAUCUUUGGUAUCAUACCUUGGAUGGUUGCAGUAUAUGUGUCUUUAAACUUUAAAGUCUAUAAGGUGUCUUUCAAUAUCGUUUCAAACCAUUUCCUUAAUUGUAAGUACAAUUUGUUCAUACAUUGUGCUUUAAAAAUAUAAAAUAAGACUGAAGUCCGUUAACCACACUUAAUGUGCCAAUUUUUGUAAGCCGUCAGUAAAAAUUUGUAAAGAUAUUUAAGGUUUCUAACACUCAUAUAAUUUACACCCGUAAAGUGAAAUAUAGGGGCAUGUUCAUUUCUAAGCGUGUUUUCCGGCCAGACCUUAAGGAAUAUUAUACGGGGAUUUUCCUUAUAUCACCACGUUGAACGCUAUCCAAAAAUAUUAAGAAAAGUGGGAUAUUGUUUACUAUUUUACUAUCACUAGUGCCACCGGAUUCCUUCAAAACUAUGGGUCGUGGUGACUCUGUAAACGGUUAACGAUACUGUUUGAUAUACCCUUGUGAGAAAAAUGUUGAGCAUUAAAAAAAUGAAAAUUUGCUGUAUAUAACUCCACUGUUGAAUGAUGGAACACAUUGGACAUUACUCUUAAACUCCGGAUGUGAAGCAGUCAAAUUUGAGAACUUUUUUGUCACAUUGAAAAUUUCG